UUCCCGCUUCGUCCCCUCCUCCACUGACGCAGUCCGUCUGCACCAGGUCCUAACAUGGCGGCGGCGAGGUGGUGAGGAGCUCGGCCGGGAGGGAGGUUUGAAGGGCCGCGGCGAGAAGGGCCGGGACCUAGGAAGAGAGCCUCUCUUUUGGCACCUGCCCUAUGGAACAUGAUUCCCCCUUCCCAGAUUGGAUUGACCUUUACCUUGCUGACUUUUCACAAAGCCCUGAAGACCCUAGGCAUGGGGAGCCAGGAGUGUGGUGGUGCUGAUAUAACAUUCUAAAGCCAUGGGAGUGAAAACACAAAGACCUCGUUGUUUUUUUGACAUAGGCAUCAAUAAUACUCCUGCUGGAAGAGUUGUCUUUGAAUUAUUUUCAGAUGUUUGCCCAAAGACAUGUGAGAACUUUCGCUGCCUUUGUACAGGUGAAAAAGGUAUUGGAAAAUCAACACAGAAACCACUUCAUUACAAAAGUUGUUUAUUUCAUAGAGUUGUGAAAGAUUUCAUGAUCCAAGGUGGUGACUUCAGUGAAGGAAAUGGAAGAGGAGGAGAAUCAAUUUAUGGAGGCUUUUUUGAAGAUGAAAGCUUUGCUGUAAAGCACAACAAAGAAUUUCUCCUUUCAAUGGCCAACAGAGGGAAAGAUACAAAUGGUUCACAGUUUUUUAUAACAACUAAGCCUACCCCUCAUCUUGAUGGAUAUCAUGUUGUUUUUGGACAAGUAAUUUCGGGGCAAGAAGUUGUAAGGGAAAUAGAAAAUCAGAAGACUGAUGCAUCUAGCAAACCAUAUGCAGAAGUGCGAAUAAUGAGUUGUGGAGAACUAAUUCAAAAAUCUAAAGCCAAGAAGGAAGAGAAGAAAAGACGCAAGUCGUCAUCUUCAUCUAGUGAUUCAGAAAGUUCAAGUGAUUCAAAAACAUCUUCUGAUUCAUCAAGUGAAUCUGACAGUGCUGCUGAAGAAAAAACAAAGAAAAAGAAAAAGAAACACAAAAAAACCUCUAAGAAACAUAAGAAAGAAAAGAAAAAGAAGGAAAAAAGCAAAAAGAGUUCAGCUAGUGAAGCUGAAACAGAAAAUCCUGAAUUGCAACAGCCACUUUCUACAGUUCGUCCAGAAGAGAUUCCUCCUGUUCCAGAAAACAGAUUUCUGAUGAGGAAAAGUCCUCCCAAAGUAGAUGAAAAAGAAAAAGAGAUAAAGAACAGAGAAAGGGAAAGGGAAAGCAACCUAUCAAAUUGUCAAGCAUCAUAUCAGAGAAGGCUGUUGGUGACAAGGUCGGGACGAAAAAUAAAAGGAAGGGGACCAAGGCGGUACCGGACACCUUCAAGAUCCAGGUCGAGGGAUCGCUUUAGACGCAGUGAGACUCCUCCACACUGGAGACAAGAAAUGCAGAGAGCUCAAAGAAUGAGAGUAUCAAGUGGAGAAAGAUGGAUAAAAGGAGACAAGAGUGAAAUGAAUGAAAACAAGAAGGAUGCUGCAAAUCAAAGUCCAGGGAGAGGAAAAGAAAGAAAAAUAACUGACCACAGAGUGGGUUCUGAAAGUCCAGAUAGAAGAGGAGAAAAAGAAACACAGCCCAAAGAUCCCAAAUCUGACAGUAAAGACAGAGGGACAAAGCGGAAUUCUGAGAAAGAAGAUAAGGACAAACAUAACAAAAGUAAAGCCAAAAAAAAGGCUAGAUCCAAAAGCCAGAGCAAAAGCAAAGAGAUAUCAAAAAGUAAAGAAAGAGACUCAAAAUACAGUAAACAUGAAGAUAAAAAAAUGCGAUCGAGAAGCAGAGAAAAAGAGAAAGAAAAAUAUAAUGACUUUCAUGGCAGAGAACGGAGCAAAAGCAAGGAGAAGAAUAAAAGGGGAAGAUCUAGAAGUAAUAGCCAGAAUCAUACCAAAAGUAAAGAGAGGGGAAAACAUGAACACUCAAAAAGCAGGGAACGUGAGCAGCCUAAAAACAAACAUAGUUCCAAUAAUAAAGCCAGAGAGCGAAGCAGAAGUGUGGACAGAGGCAAGAGAGCCAGGUCCAGAAGUAAAGAACGAGACCGCAGCAGAAGUAAAGAUUAUUCCAAACACAGAGAUAAAGAAGUGAAAAGAAAAGGAAGAUCAAGGAGUAGAGAGAGAAGAGGGACGCCAGAGAGGUCCAGAGAGAAAGACCAUAAAAGGCGGAAGGAAUCCCAUAGCUCUGAGAGGGAAAAAAGUCGAAGUAAAGACAGGCAUCGGGAUCAAGAGUACAAAAGUUCUCGCAGAAAGGAAGAUACUGGGAAAAAGAUGCGCUCAAGAAGCCAUGACAGCAGCAGCUCCGAGACGAAUAAAAGCAAAAAAUCCAGUAGAAAUCAAGAUAGAAGUCCUGACUCAAAGAAAAGAAGAAGCAGCAAGGACAGAGAAUUGAAAAGAUCAUACUCACGAAGGAGUAAAGAAAAGGAAAGGGACAGAUCUCGUUCUUCAAGAGAAAAAGAGAUCAACCAAAAAUCAAAAUAUCAGGAGAGAGAGCGUGCCCAUGGCAAAGAUAAAAAAUCCGAUCAUGAAUCAAGUGCUGGAACUGAUGAAGAUAGGCAUGGAUGAGUUUAUGAACUUAUUGUUUCCACUCUGCUUCUAGGUUCUAGAGACAUGUUGGGGAACAUUUUUUUUUUAAUGUGGACUUCAGUUUGGUUUUUUGAUAAUCCACAAUCUGGAUCAUUUGUACUGCUAAAGUUUUAAUAAACUUGAAAUGGGAAAACAA